CAACACGAGGAGCGAGGAGCAGGAGAGGAUGGAGCCCACCGCGCGAAUAUGAAGUUUAAGAAGUUCAUCACCAUCAUGCAGGCGGCCAUGGGGGUGGUGCCUCUGAACAAACGCGAGCUGCUCCCCCCGGGCAGGAGGCUGUGGAGACCCCCGGGGGAGCAGUCGUGUGAGCCGUGGAGAUCCGGGGGAAGGUUCUGUUGGAGCAGAGAGGCCCAGUAUUUGUACCUGAGGCGCCUGUCCUCCAGGAGCUUCUCCGCUAUCAUGAUGAACCCGGUGACGGAGGAGAUCGUGUGGGAGCAGUACACAGUCACACUGCACAGGGAUCCUAAGAUGGGCUUUGGGAUCGCAGUGUCCGGGGGGCGGGACAACCCCAACGAAGAGACGGGGGAGACGUCCAUCAUCGUGUCAGAUGUCCUACAGGGCGGCCCUGCAGACGGGCUGAUUUUUGAGAACGACCGUGUGAUUAUGGUGAAUGCCACACCCAUGGACGGAGUGGCUCACACCUUCGCUGUGCAGACUCUCCGGAAAUGUGGCAAAGUGGCCAAAAUGAUGGUGAAGCGUCCCCGUAAAAUCCCAAACAUGAUGAUCCACUCUCCGGCUCCAGAUGACCGCGUCUUUAACACAGACUACACAGAGGAAUACCCCUACGACGGGGACCGCCGGAGCGUCUACAGCGGCUAUGACCACGCCCCAGAGAGAGACCACCGGGACCGCGACUCGGGCUUCCAAACCCACGACAGAGACCACGACCGCGGGCGCAGCACCGAGAGGGACCUGGGGGACGACCGGCCGUACAGGAGGGACGGCAGCAGGGGGCGCACUCUGGAGCCCGAGCGCAGCCCCGACCGGAGAUACGGCAGCGACCGCACCCUGAACCGAGGCUACAGCCCAGAGCGCAGGAGACACAGAGACUACAGCCCGGAUCGACGUUACAAAAGCGACCGCAACCUGGAUCGCGACUACAGCCCCGACAGGCGUCACCGCGACGACCGGGAUCACAGCCCCGACCGGCGUUUCCGCAGCGAACGAGCGUUGAACAGAGAGAGCCCGGACAGAGGGCGCUACAGGCGGGACAGCCACAGCCCCGUCAGAGGCCGCGCCCCCAGCAGGGAAAGGCUGGACCGCUCACCCUCCCCGCCGUCGCUGCCCAUCCCUCUGCCCCGCCCACCGCCGCGGGAGCACGAGCCUCUGGAGAAACCGCUCCACGUCCUGCUGCUCAAGAACAAGCCCAACGAAGAGUAUGGACUUCGUCUGGGCAGCCAGCUGUUCAUCAAAGAGAUGACCAGCACAGGACUGGCCAGUCGAGACGGAAACCUGCAGGAGGGAGACAUCAUUCUGAAGAUUAACGGCACCGUCACGGAGAACCUGUCCCUGAGCGACGCGGGGAAGCUGAUCGAGAAGUCCCGAGGACGACUGCAGCUGGUCGUACAGAGAGACCGCAGCCAGGUCCUCGUCCGAGUGCCUCCCAUGGUGGACAGCGACUCGGAGCUGGACGAUAUCUCUGAAAUCGAGUCCUAUCGUUCGUACUCGCCACAGGACGACAGGAGGGGGCAGCACUCGGACCUGUCCUCUCACUCCUCCAACGAGAGGCUGCGGGACAAGCCCAGAGAGGAGCCAGUGAACCGACUCGCCAAAAUGGGGGCCAUGGCGACGCCGUUCAGAACUCCUGACGACAAAGUCCCUGUGCCGGCCGAGAGGGAGGAGCCUCGAGCAGACACGCCUCCAGUCGUAGCACCAAAGGUCACCGCUCCAAAGGUCCGUGCUUCGGCCAAAGUUCCUCUGAAGGCCAGUGCAGAGGACCAAGACAUAUAUGGACCCAACACGGUGAUGGUCCACUUCGUCAAAGGAGACAGCGUUGGUCUGAGGCUGGCGGGAGGCAACGACGUGGGCAUCUUCAUCGCAGGAGUGCAGGAGGACAGUGCCGCCGAGCAGGAGGGGCUGCGCAUGGGGGACCAGAUCAUGAAGGUGAACAGCAUGGACUUCAGAGGGAUGGUGCGAGAAGAUGCUGUUCUCUAUCUGCUCGAGAUUCCCAAAGGAGAGGAAGUUAUUAUUUUGGCUCAAAGCAAACCUGAAGUGUACGAGGACAUUCUGGAGUCUGGUCGGGGCGACUCUUUCUUCAUCAGGACACACUUUGAGUAUGAGAAGGAGGCUCCUCAGAGUCUGCCCUUCUCCAGAGGGGAGAUCUUUAAAGUGACCGACACCCUGUACGACGGGAAACUGGGCCACUGGCUGGCCAUCCGCACAGACAAAGACAACCAGCUGCUGGAGAAAGGCAUCAUCCCCAACAAGAGCAGGGCGGAGCAGAUGGCCAACGUCCAGAACGCAGCCCGGGCCGCCUCUGGAAAUGACCGGGGGGACUUCUGGAGGCUCCGGGGUCAAAGGGCAGCCAAGAAGAAGGAUCUGCGCAAGAGCCGCGAAGACCUGAGCGCGACGCCGGUCACGACACGCUUCCCUGCCUACGAGAGAGUGGUGCUGCGGGAAGCUGGGUUCAGGAGGCCCGUGGUCAUUUUUGGGCCCAUUUCAGACGCCGUGAACAACAAACUGGCCACAGAUUUACCCGAUGAGUUUGUCAUUGCGAAAACUGAGCCCAAAGACGCUGGAAGUGAAAAGUCUUCAGGUGUUGUGAGGCUAAACACCAUCCGACAAAUCAUCGAACAGGACCGACACGCUCUGCUGGAUGUGACUCCCAAAGCGGUGGACACCCUGAACUACACCCAGUGGUAUCCCAUCGUGGUGUUUCUCAACCCGGACAGCAAACAGGGCGUCAAGACCAUGAGGAACCGCCUGGUACCGGGAUCCAACCGCAGCGCUCGCAAGCUCUACGACCAAGCCGUGAGACUGAAGAAGACCUGCUCGCACCUCUUCACAGACACCAUUGACCUGAACAGUGCCAACGACGCUUGGUACGGCAGCGUGAAGGACUCCAUCAGAGAACAGCAGGACAGAGCCGUGUGGGUGUGUGAGAGCAAGCUGGACGGCGCCGAGGAGGACCUGGAUCUCCACGACGACCGCAUGUCCUACCUGUCGGCCAUGAGCGCGGACUACCUGAGCAUGGACAGCCGUCUGACCAGCGACUACGACGACACGGCGGACGAGGGCGGGGCUUACACGGACAACGAGCUGGACGAGCCUCUGGAGGAGCCUCAGCCCGUGUCUGCGAUCGGACGCUCCUCUGAGCCCGUGCUGCCCGAGGAGCGGCCUGAGCCUCGCAGCCGCAUGAAGAAGUCAGGCAGCAGAGAGAUGCUCCACAGAGACCCCAGUCCUCCCCCGUCAUUUGUCCCCGAACCCCCCAAGGUGCGUUCUCAGGGCCGCACGGACUCAUCCCGGAGCUUCGACUCUCACUCCAGCAGCACCAUCAGCAGUGACACGGCGGCACAGAGGCCCCUGCCCCCUCCCGUGGCCGUCAAACCCCCCAGCGCCGCCCGCCCGCUCCUGCCCCCUCCGGAGCUCAGCCCUGGUCCUCAGCGCGAGGAGGACGACCCCGCAAACAAGUCCUUCCGGGGAAAGAUCCAGGCGUUUGAGAAGAUGGACCAUUUGGCUCGAGCUCAGAGGCUCCUGGAGCUGCAGGAGGCGGAGAACGCGCGGCUGGAGAUCGCUCAGAAACAUCCAGACAUCUACGCCGUCCCCGUGAAGCCCAAACCCAACCUGAGCCGGCCUCAGCCCAUCGGAUCCAGCUCCAACCCCGACCCGCACACCUCCCCCCGACCGUCCUACUCCGAAGACGCCGAGGCCGAGUACCGCCGACAGCUCAGCCAACAGGACAAGAAGGGGUACUACAACACGGGAAAGUACAAGGACACCGAGCUCUGAGUUACACACACUACUACUACUACUACUACUUCUUCACAGUACUCGACCCGAUCUGUGUCUCACUACUGAAAACAGAAACAGACUGAACGCUUCUUCAUGUACAGCUGAUUUCUUCACUUCACAUUCCGCUCUGGACCAAAGUGCCUCGUAAAACUCCUCACUGUGCUUCUCGACAAACAUCACCAAACACCAGCGUUUUCACCGGACACUCGCAAAGUUAUGGAAAUACAAAAAAAAAAAGCAAACAAACCUACAAUACGUCCGGGUUUUGGACUGGCACAAACGCAAUCCUUCCAAACUGUGCGGUUAGAAUCGAAAGAAUCAUGAAAUCAUAUCGAUAUUGUAAAUAAAUCUGUAGACCCGGUCGCUUUUUUUAGGAUAUAAUUGAACCAAUGAACGACCGGUGUAUUUUUAAAGUAAGUCGAAACAUGGGAAACACUUAAAGCCGCACUGUGUAACUUUUCUGCGGUCUUGUUGCAACCUGCCGAGCUCCAUAGAGACGUGAUCGCUCUCCCCGUCAUGUUCCUCUCCACUAAGUUUGGGUGAGUUUAAUGCCACACUGCAGAACAUUCCAGUUAAAGCUUUAACGUCUCCGUGGAUACGAGCAGGCGGCGGCGGACCCUCGGCCGUGCGAAGUGCCGUAGUGUAGCUUUAAGUGUGCACGUUGUGACAGCUGUAAAGUGGACGCUGCGUCUCCGCUCCUGUGUUUUUUUUUAGAGACAAUCAUGUUUAUUCAGAGUGUGGGGUUCACUAUGAACUCUGGGUAAUCUGAGACGUCUGUGAUUCUCCUGCACACGGGACAAUAAAUACAUGUUUUUUACCUCGACUCGUCUCACUGCGUGUGUGUGUGUCUGUGUGUCUCAGUGUGUGUUUGUGUGUGUAUGUAUGCGUCGGUGUGUGUGUGUGUGUCUGAGUGUUUGUGUCUGUCUGUGUGUGUAUGUCUCAAAAUGUGUAUCUCAGUGUAUGUCUCUGUGUGUGUGUGUAUGUCUGAGUGUGUAGGGGUGUGUGUGUGUGUGUGUGUCUGAGUGUAUGUUUGUGUGUGGGGGUGUGUCUGAGUGUUUGUCUGUCUGUGUGUGUGUCUCAAUGUGUAUGUGUGUAUGUCUCAGUGUGUGUGUCUCAAUAUGUGUAUGUCUCUGUAUUCGUGUGUGAGUGUGUGUGUCUCAAUAUGUGUAUCUUAGUGCAUGUCUGAGUGUGUGUCUGUGUGUAUUUCCCAAUAUGUGUAUCUCAGUGUGUGCAUCUGUCUGUGUGUGUAUGCCUCAAUAUGUAUAUGUCUGAGUGUUUGUGUCUCAAUGUGUGUGUGUAUCUGUGUGGGUGGGUGGGGGUGUGUGUGUGUGUGCGCGCCUCAAUGUGUGUGCCUCGACAGUGGGAGGGACACAACACAUAUGAUUCCGGUUGGUGUCAAUCUUUGGGAAUAACAGUGAAAUGGUGACGUUUCUUCUCACAUUGACGCUGCUCCAUCAGCCGUCCAGCUCACAGACGCCAUCUACAGCCCAGAUAAUGCAUUACAACAACACCUGACACUGCACUGCUAACAGAACAGUGUUUGCACUUAAAGUUUAGUUAAAGCUGGUGUUCAAAACAGGAGAAUCUCAAAGUAUUUUCAUUCUCAGAGUCAUAUCUACAUCUAUUUCACUAUUAAAAUAACUAUAUAUGUAAGAUUUUGAUUUUAAACUCUAUAAACUUGACCU